UGCUCACGGGUCACGUAUUAUUUCCAGCAUUCGCCUUCAAUUCCGAUCGGUUCCCUAUUGAAUUGUGCAUUUUUCCCCGCAGACUGUCACUUGUUCACGCAGCCUCUGCUUUGAAUCUCUGGAGCAGUCGCUAUAGUCUGGUCGUACUUCUACUAGUUCGCAGGGGUGUCUCUCUCUUCCUCCCACCUCGUGGAUUGAACUAGCUUGUCAUCGCGUUCGGUUAUACGCUUCAUGUCUCUUUAAUUUCGAAUGGAUCGGCGCUGUUUACAGCAUCUUUAUAUUUCUAAAUCCACGCGGCGGCGGUUUAUUGACACCCCCCUCCUCCCCUCCAGUCGCCAUUCUCUAUAAUCUGCACACAUCUGAAAGUUAUUACCCCGUCCCCUUUCUUUCUAGUGGGCUGCUCCCACAAUCUAUUCGUCAGUGUUUUGUUAUAUUUUUACAAUUACACUCUUGUAGUAUUUAAGUCCCACCUACAUAGCGAGCGAGUGUCCUAUGCCGCUCUCUAUUUGAUGUCCCUUAAGUUUCUGUCUGUUCUGGAGGAAUGUGGCAGCGUGCGCGGCGGUUGAACCCACGUGCCCCGGCUCGGAACCUGUCUGUCCUGUUCGCGCAACCCGAUCGUGUGUCUCGCCGAGAAGCAGCUUACGCGCUACUUCUGACUGACUGACUGUUUGACCAGGAGUUGAGUGACUGUGUUUGAAGCACCAUAAGUGUCCACUACGAAACCUUAUAUGCGAGGUUCCUCUCCCCUUCUCUUUGUAUAUAUAGCAUGUCCGGCCCCCUUGAAUCUCCUGUCCAUUGGCUUUUCGUGCUCUGUUUUCCUGCGUCCACCCCCAGCCCGCGCGCGCACGCACACAAACUAGCCGCAGCGCACAUUGCUUUCAUUAAACAUACCCCCCCCCCCUCUCUCUUUCUGUGCACGAGUGUCUCUCGCUCUCUCUCUCUCUCGCCUCUUGUCCGGCCCCCUGAUCUUUCUGUCCAUUGGCUUCUUCGGGUCUAUUUUUCAUGUCCAGCCCCUAAUGAGUGUCCAUUGGUUUUGUUAUUUCCACUCCCUCCUCCCACUCCACGGCUUUGCCCUGCCCAUGUUCUGUAUGUCUAUGUCCAUCCAUCUCCUGACGUUCAAGUUCGCAGGGACGUCACGUCCGCACUUGAACUUGCAGCUCAGGGGGGCUUUUGCCAUUUUUUCAUCUCUCUCUCUCUCUUUUCAAAAAAGCCAUGACGGCUAUCCCACAAUCCAUCUUCCCUGCGCCAUCUUUGUAUUAUUUCUAAUUUAUUUUGGAUGUCAAAGGCAUUGAUGAAGAUAUUUUCUCUGGAGUCUCCCUUCUAACCCGGCUCUCCCGAUGUGAACCGAGCUGAAAGCCACCACCAACCACCAUGUCUCGCCGCAAGCAAGGCAAACCCCAGCACUUAAGCAAACGGGAUUUUUCGCCCGAGCCCCUGUCAGCCGUGGUCUCGGAUGAGAGGCAGGAACAGCGCGGGCUGGUACAGGUAGCUCCAGAGGGAGACCAGGACCUGCUCACCUGUGGCCAGUGUCAGAUGAACUUCCCUUUGGGAGACAUCCUUAUUUUCAUUGAGCACAAAAGGAAGCAGUGCAAUGGCACUUUGUGCAUGGACAAAGUAGUGGAUAAGCCCCCCUCGCCCUCGCACGGUAAGCUGAGGAGAGCCUCCAAACCCGUGGAGGUGGGCGUCCAGGUCACGCCGGAGGACGAUGACUGCUUAUCGACGUCUUCUCGAGGAAUCUGUCCCAAACAGGAAAACAUUACAGUCCUUGUGACCAGUCACAGAUGUCUGUUUCUGCUUGACCAGACAGUGCUGUGCGAGACCUGUUUACAGCAGAGAGCAGUAUUCUCAGGUAAAGAUGAGCCCAGCAGCUACACGUGCACAACCUGCAAGCAGCCAUUCAGCAGUGCCUGGUUUCUGCUGCAACAUGCCCAGAACACUCAUGGCUUUCGCAUCUACCUUGAGAGUGAGCGCGGAAGUCCGCUCACCACCCGUGUGGGAGCUCCUUCGGGAAUGGGUGCAGAUUGCUCCUCUCAGCCCCCCUUGCAUGGCAUCCAUCUCCCAGAGGGAAGCCCAUUCCACCUGCUGCGGAUACCCAACUCUGGACGUGAUGGACCUCCUCUCCGAGAGGGUCGGUUUCCCCCUACACCGCCUCUCUUUAGCCCUCCACCUCGCCAUCACUUGGACCCUCAUCGUAUGGAGCACCUGAGCCCGGAGGAGCUGGCUUUGGCCACCCACCACCCGAGUGCCUUCGACAGGGUGCUGCGCCUCAACACCAUACCUAUGGAUCCCCCAGCUAUGGACUUCUCUCGUAGGUUGAGGGAGCUGGCUGGUAACACCUCAGGGUCAACUCCUCCUCUCUCACCCAACAGGCCCAGCCCUAUGCAACGGCUACUACAACCAUUCCAGUCAGGAACCAAGCCUCCCUUUCUCUCCACUCCUCCCCUGCCUUCCAUGCAGUCCCCCUCUGGCUCCCAGUCCACCCCGACCCCUCUUACGCAACAGUCUAACACGCCAAUGAAGAGCAAGUCUUGUGAGUUCUGUGGGAAGACCUUCAAGUUUCAGAGUAAUUUAAUUGUGCAUCGACGUAGUCACACAGGUGAGAAACCUUACAAGUGCCACUUGUGUGACCAUGCCUGUACGCAGGCCAGCAAGCUAAAGAGGCACAUGAAGACACACAUGAACAAGUCAUCACCCAUGACGGUCAAGUCAGAUGAUGGCUUGUCCACAGCCAGCUCCCCUGAGCCGGGAACCAGCGACUUGGUGGGUAGCGCCAGUAAUGCCCUCAAGUCCGUGGUAGCCAAAUUCAAAAGUGAAAACGACCGCCUGAUUCCAGAAAAUGGAGAGGAAGAAGAGGAAGAGGAGGAGGAGGAGGAGGAGGAAGAAGAGGAGGAAGAGGAAGAGGAGGAAGGAGAGGAGGAGGAGCUUGAGAGAGAGGGAGGUAGAAACAACUACCACUUCAGCCUCAAUCUCGAGGCUGCACGGCACCAUGAGAACAAUGGCGGACGUCUGGGUGCGGGCGAGGACGGGAUCCCGCGCUCGCUGCCUGAGGUUAUGCAGGGCAUGGGCUUGGCUGCCAGCAUGCAGCACUACAGUGAGGCAUUUCAUCAACACAAACGAGGAGCCCUAAACUCUAACAAUGAUGCACAUAGGGGCAUGUGUGAUGAGGACUCGGCUCUGGAAUCAGACAGAGUGGAUGAGGGCUGUGGCUCAGCUAUCAAUGGUCGAGGUUCUUCCCCCGGUGAAUCUGCCUCUGUUGGUUUGUCCAAGAAACUCCUACUGGGCAGUCCUAGCUCACUUAGUCCUUUCUCCAAAAGAAUCAAGCUGGAGAAGGACUUUGACCUCUCCACCCCUACAAUCCCCAACACUGAGAAUGUCUAUUCUCAGUGGUUGGCUGGCUAUGCUGCUUCUCGGCAGCUGAAGGACCCCUUUCUGAACUUCGGGGAUUCCAGACAAUCGCCUUUCGCCUCAUCUUCAGAGCACUCCUCAGAGAAUGGAAGCCUGCGCUUCUCUACGCCACCAGGGGACCUAGAUGGCGGCGUCUCGGGCCGCAGCGGGACGGGCAGUGGUGGCAGCACGCCACACCUAGGGGGUCCUGGUCGGCCCAGCUCAAAAGAUGGCAGACGCAGUGACACCUGCGAGUUCUGUGGCAAAAUAUUCAAAAAUUGCAGCAAUCUGACAGUGCACCGGCGCAGCCACACGGGUGAAAGGCCUUAUAAGUGUGAGCUCUGCAAUUAUGCCUGCGCUCAGAGCAGCAAGCUAACAAGGCACAUGAAAACGCAUGGUCAAGUGGGCAAGGACGUUUACAAAUGUGAAAUCUGUCAGAUGCCUUUUAGUGUGUACAGUACCCUUGAGAAACACAUGAAAAAAUGGCACAGUGACCGCGCAUUGAACAACGAAAUUAAAACUGAGUAGCGGUGGAUUGUGGUGGCUCACUUGCCUGUUAACAGCGAACAACACCUUACCCCACUCCCACCCUCAUCCUUGUAGAUUUCCCUGAUUCGCUAGUCCAGUGGCGGCUAAGACAACGUGCUUGGCACCACCAGCACACCCUUUUCAUUUACCGUUGAAUGCAUGAUCUGUAUCGGGGCAAUACUAUUGCAUUGACGCAAACUUGGAGCCUUUCUCUUGUGCAAUAAUUUACAUGUUGUAUACUUUUUCUUUUUUCUUUCCCAUUUUGGAAAAUUUGACAGCAUGCAUGAUAUAUUUGGGCUAAUUUAAAAAAAUAAAUUGUCCCUGGUUGGUUAGUUGUUUAGUAAAUGUGUUGCUGUUUUAUUGUUCAUUAUUUUACAAAUGUUUUUUUCUUUCUUUUUAAAUUUUUUUUUUGGGGAUCAAAGAAAAAGAAAAGAAAAAAGAACCAUGCUGCAUACAUUCUGUUAUACAUAUCAUGUACAGUUUUGUGUUGUAACAUGGAGGACUACAGGCUAUUGCUUAACCCUGUUUGGAUGGGCUGGAAGUCGCACUUAAACUAAUCUUUCAAAAAGAUGUUCUGUCCUCAUAGGGUUAAAAUACUAAUUGGCCCCUAUUACGGAAUAAAAAUAAUUACAGCCUUUGGAUUUCUUAAAAAGGAAACAGCAUUAAGAUUAGAAUUUGUACUAUCAUUUGGUAAAACAAACAAAAAGAGUGCCUUGGAUAUCUUGAAAUUGCAUUGGUUAAUCUCAUCUGCUGUAAUUCUGGAGUCUCAUCUAGAUACUACAUAAGGAUCGAUCGGAUCCUCAGAAGGUUCUUGCAUCAAGUACCUUACCGCUAUAGUCAUCUGUGACUUUAGAGAGAAAUAGUAAUAAUCAAAAAGCUAAGGAAAUUUCUAGUUAAUCACCAUAAGGUACCUAUGUAAAACGUAUCCUUCCAUUGUGGUUUAUGUCCUGGGCAUGGCACAUGCAUUAUAUGGUGUGGGAUUCAGCCUUGUUUACUUCUUCUAUCUGAAGGUACUGUACUUGGCGGUACUAGUUUUCAGUCCACAAUCAUUUGACUUUUCUGUGUUUGUUCAAGUCUUCUCUUCAGUAGCACAACAUUUUGAUGUUUCUUUGAUGACCAUUGUUAGUGUGAACGUCCAUUGCGAAGAAACACCUGAGGGCAUUUGGAGCAAACUAAUGUAAUAUACACUUGAGAAUUGGUUAAGAAAGCAUUGAAAUAUUUGCAGCUGUCAGUGAUGAUUAACUAUGAAUUGCCUACAGGUCUGACAAAAUCUUAUUUCUUUAUUGCCUAUGUCUGAGCUCCCUAAAAGAAUAAAUGAACCUGAAAGACCGACCGAGCGAGAGCGAGACGCAGAGAGAGGGAAUACCAUACAUGUCACUUUUGUUACUUUGUUUUAUAUGAGUUUCACACAUGGUGUGGUAUAAGUUAAUUCAAGGAGAUUCUUUUUCAUUGUUGCAUUAUGACAUAAAUGACUCCAGACAACGGCUUUUGGUGCUUAGACAGCACCUGCCACUCUGCCCUUAUUUUUUGGUAUUAGACAUGCUAAUUGGAAGUAUAGUAGUUGAAUAUAUAAAUUAAGAUUGCUUGCUUGUUGGACAACGAAGUGCACUGUUAAAGUUUCCCAGUUUACAGGUAUUCACGAGAGGGAAAACUUCCUAAUGAAUCGAACAUGGUGUCAUUGUUUAAUGUAAAAAAGCCAACUCCUCCUCUCACCUCAUAAAGAUAAAGCCCAACUCCGAUAUAAUAUUAUUGUGUCAAAGCACACAGUGCUUGACAAAGUACGGACAAUUGAAACUUGCUGCUUUCACUGCAAGAACUUUUUUUGUACAAAUCUUUUUUUAAGUAUGAAAAUAAAAUAACUUUUUUAAAAAGCAAGAUUUCAUUAUCUUAGGGGAAACUGUAUUUAAGUUUGUUGUUUCUCUUUUCCUCUUUGUCUUGGGGGUGUUCAAGACUUGAUCACAAUAUAUAUAAAAUGGGAAAAAUCUGUGAUUUUUUUCCCCCUGCUUUUUCUUUCUUUUUUCAUCUUGGCUCUUCACAGCUCUUCAGGUCAAACUUGCAUUGGGGAAAGGUUUAAGAUUAUAUAUAAAAUAUAUAAUAGAGAAACUUAAAUAUAGGAAAGUGCACAUCAUGUCAGUUCCUAUGCUAAAACACAUUUAUGGUCUACUUUCUUCUGUAUUUCUAGAAUGGUAUUUGAAUUAAAUGUUCACCUAGUGUAGGUACUACAGUAUUUAUAUUGAGGCUUGUAUUUUUAACUGUUGCUUGUUCUCUCAAAAGGUAUUAUUGUACCUUUUUUGGUAGUGGAAAAAAAACAACAAGCUGCCACGGUAUAUUUUUUUAAUUUGGCAGGAUAAUAUAGUGCGAAUUAUUUGUAUGUUUAAAAAAAUCAAAUGAAAAAAAAAAUCAAAUGAAAAAAUUUAAGUAUGUGGCAUUGUACAAAGGAGGCCAUUCAAUGGUUUCCCCGAGGAGUCUUUUGAGAAUGUCCACACUAGCUAAAACAGGUGGUUGUACAUAUCUUUUUUCUGUUCUUCUUUUUAAAAAUCUCUUUUGCUGCCAUUCUGUAUGCAGUACAGCAAGCUAAUGUUGGGUUGUUCUGUAGUGUGCUUCUGUCUUUUCACCUGUCUCACCUGAAUACAUUCCAGCAUCUUAAAAAAAAGCUAACUUCAUAUGCAGUAAAAUACCAGUUAAUAAACAAACAAAAAUCAUUCAAAUAAAUGAAUUCAAAUAAUCAA